AUGGUUUCACGGACUUUCUUCGCUGUUUUCGUCGCUCUCUGUGCUUUCCAGGACAUCAAUUCCGUGACGGGCAACGUCAAUGACUGCGACACAGAGUGUGCCACAACUUACCCUGGGUCAUAUUGUAAGUAUUGGAAGACGCCGAGCACCUGCUUCGGCUCGGAUGCCUCAUGCUUCUGCGGCACGAGUGUACCGACUGAGGCUCUCCGAGGUUCCACAUCCUCUGCUGCAGUCACGGAUGAGGUCACUGAGGCCGCUACAAGCGAAGAAGGUACGACAGCAGCUCCCGAAGCGACGAGUACGACUGGUUCUGAAGCUACUGUCGAUGCCACAGUGGCGGCCAGUACAGCUGCUGUGACCGAUGAGGUGGCUGUCACUACUGCACCUCCUGUGACUGGCGAAGUGACCAUCAGCACGGCAGCUGGGGAAGCUCCCGGUAGAGACAAGGAUGACUCUGAUGCUACCACCAAGGUCGCUACGGAGGCUGCAACUGUCACGACUACUAUCGGUGCUCCUGUUGAGCCUACUACUAUCACGUCCCCUUUCCUGGUCAGCACAGCUGCUGUGACUGAUGAGACUGUUGAUACUACUGCAGCCCCUGUGACUGGCGGGGUCACCAUCACCACGGCAGCUGGGGAAGUUCCGGGAAGAGACAAGGAUGAUGCUGAUGCUACCACCCCGAUCGCUACUGAGACUGCGACAGUCGCUACUACGAUCAGUGCUUCUGUUGAGCCUACUACUAUUAUGACGUCCCCUCAACCGGUCAGUACGCCCGCUGUGACCGAUGAGGUCGCUGUCACUACUGCGGCUCCUGUGACUGGCGAGGUGACCAUCAGCACGGCAGCUGGGGAGGCUCCCGGUAGAGACAAGGAUGACUCUGAUGCUACCACCCAGGUCGCUUCGGAGGUUGCGACUGUCACGACUACGAUCGGUGCUCCUGUUGAGCCUACUACUACUAUAACGUCCCCUUUCCCGGUCAGCACAGCUGCUGUGACCGAUGAGGUGGCUGUCACUACUGCACCUCCUGUGACUGGCGAGGUCACCAUCACCACGGCAGCUGGGGAGGCUCCCGGUAGAGACAAGGAUGACUCUGAUGCUACCACCCAGGUCGCUACGGAGGUUGCGACUGUCACGACUACGAUCGGUGCUCCUGUUGAGCCUACUACUACUAUAACGUCCUCUUUCCCGGUCAGUACAGCUGCUGUGACCGAUGAGGUGGCUGUCACUACUGCACCUCCUGUGACUGGCGAAGUGACCAUCAGCACGGCAGCUGGGGAAGCUCCCGGUAGAGACAAGGAUGACUCUGAUGCUACUACCAAGGUCGCUACGGAGGCUGCGACUGCCACUACGAUCGAUGCUCCUGUUGAGCCCACUACUACUAUCACGACCCCUCAACCGGCCAGCACAGCUGCUGUGACCGAUGAGGUUGUUGCUACUACUGCAGCCCCUGUGACUGACGAGGUCACCAUCACGACGGCAGCCGGGGAAGCUCCCAGUAGAGACAAGGAUGAUUCUGAUGCCACCAACCCGGUCGCUACUGAGACUGCGGCUGUCACUACUACGAUCGAUGCUCCUGUUGAGCCUACUACUCCCACGUCCCCUCUACCGGUCAGCACAGCUGCUGUGACCGAUGAGGUUGCUGUCACUACUGCAGCUCCUGUGACUGGCGAGGUGACUAUCACCACGGCAGCUGGGGAAGCUCCGGGAAGAGACAAGGAUGAUUCUGAUGCUACCACCCCGGUCGCUACUGAGACUGCGACUGCCACUACGAUCGAUGCUCCUGUUGAGCCUACUACUAUCACGACCCCUCAACCGGCCAGCACAGCUGCUGUGACCGAUGAGGUUGUUGCUACUACUGCAGCCCCUGUGACCGACGGGGUCACCAUCACGACGGCAGCCGGGGAAGCUCCCAGUAGAGACAAGGAUGAUUCUGAUGCCACCAACCCGGUCGCUACUGAGACUGCGGCUGUCACUACUACGAUCGACGCUCCUGUUGAGCCUACUACUCCCACGUCGUCCCCUCUACCGGUCAGCACAGCUGCUGUGACCGAUGAGGUUGUUGCUACUACUGUGGAGACGACCGAUUCCGAGGCUACUCUCAGUCCGAUUGUGUAG